CCAGUUACCUAAGUAUUGCAUUGUGCUAUACUUUAUUAAAUUUAUGGUAUAUUUUUUGAUUAAAUAUUCAUCUGGGAACUGAAUUAUCAGUGCGGAAGACAACAAAGUCCUUCUUUUCUGAUGUGAUAUUUGGAAUAUAUUUUGGGGAGUAAUCGUCAACAAAACUAGCAAAAAUGUUACAAUUCACUCCUCCGAUUGUAAAAGAACUUUUAGGAUGGAAAAGAGGAGAAAUGUCACCUCAGGAUGAAAAAUUUGCUGAAAAAGCGAUCAAAUCAUUAGUGAAAAAGUUGAAGAAAAGUGGUGGAUUGGAAGAUUUGAAGAAAGCAGUUACGAAGCAAUCAAUUGACACAAAAUGUGUAAAAAUACCAAGAUCUUUAGAUGGAAGACUACAGGUCUCUCACAAGAAGUCUCUUCCUCAUGUAUUAUAUUGUCGUUUAUGGAGAUGGCCAGAUCUAAGAAACCAUCAUGAAUUAAGGCCGGUGGAUAGGUGUGAUUAUGCUUUCCAAUUAAAAAAAGACGAGGUUUGUGUGAAUCCAUACCACUACACAAGGGUAGAGACUCCUGCACUCCCACCAAUCCUGGUGCCUAGACAGACAGAACCUCUGCCUACGGAGUUCCCUCCAUUAGAUGACUGGGCUAUGGUACCUGAGAAUGCGACCUAUGACCCUUGUAUGCAGCCUUCAGGUAACUUCACCAUCCCAGAGAGCCCUCCACCAGGAUAUAUGAGUGAGGAUGGAGAAUUCAGCGAUGCUGGAUCAGCCAUGUCAAGCCCUUCACCUAACUAUAACAGUGAUACAAGCAUCAGUAUGCCACGUUCAGUUGGAUCCAGCGUCCCAAGUUCAACCAAUACAAAUGAUGACGUACAUCCUGUCGCAUAUCAGGAGCCUCCAUUCUGGUGUGCCAUUUCGUACUAUGAAUUGAAUCACCGGAUAGGAGAAGCAUUCCAUGCAUCCCAAUCAUCUCUGACCAUAGAUGGGUUUACUGAUCCUUCCAAUUCUGAACGAUUCUGUCUCGGUCUGCUGAGCAAUAUCAACAGAACGCAACAUAUUGAAAUGACCAGAAGGCAUAUUGGGAAAGGUGUUCGUCUUUACUACAUAGCUGGUGAAGUAUUCGCAGAAUGUCUGAGUGACAGUGCAAUCUUCGUCCAAUCUCCAAAUUGCAAUCGGAGGUAUGGAUGGCAUCCUGCUACAGUAGUUAAGAUUCCUCCUGGAUGCCAUCUCAAGAUAUUUAAUAAUCAGGAAUUUGCUGCACUUCUCUCUCAGUCAGUAAACCAAGGAUUCGAGGCUGUUUAUCAGCUCACAAGAAUGUGUACAAUCCGUAUGAGUUUUGUGAAAGGAUGGGGAGCUGAAUAUCGACGACAGCACGUUACAUCUACCCCCUGUUGGGUAGAAAUUCAUCUCAAUGGCCCCCUCCAGUGGUUGGACAAAGUGCUCCAACAAAUGGGAGCCCCGCAACUGCCUUGCUCAAGCAUUUCUUAAAUACUCUCAAAAUUAAUUGAAAAAAACUUUGAAUUGGCCACUAGAGGGCUAUUUUAAGACGAAAUCUCGGAAAAUUGAAUAUUCCAUUUACUAAAGACAACAAGUGUGGACCACUAAUAUUGUUUCUUUAUUUUUUAUUUUACUUUUUUUAAACAUUUUUGCAUAGUCAGGGUAGUCUAGUUCUGAUACCUGUGCUUUUAGCGAAGCAUAUAAGACUGUUGAACCAUACCAAACUCCUUGGAUGAGAUUUUUUAUCUUGAGGGGAAGAGCAAAGCAUGUGAAACUGCCUCUUCAUAUUAGCAUGGCUAAGAUAGAUGGUAUAGAAUAUUGGUUAUCUUUUGGGAGAAUAAAGCCUAAAAGAUGGAACAAAUCUUAUCACAGCUUCCCGCAGCAUUAAUUUUCAUAUUUUUGCAUUUUCACAUUCACAUAAAAAUAUCAUAUUGAGGCAGUAAUCGGCAAACUGUGGCCCGUUGGUUAUAGGCUGCAAGCAAAAUUUUUAUGGCUCUGCAAACACUUCACUUUCAAUUCAUAAAAACAAAAGUUGCUCCAAUUUAUUAUUUUCUGCGCAUGGAUAUAUGUCGUAACAAUGGCAGUAGUACAGCGUUUGCUUCAUAGUGAUUAUCCAAACUGUUAGUUGUGAUUAACACAAAUGGCAAUGCGUCAUAAUUUGAGGUUUAAUGGGUCGAUUGUUUGUUGGUGGAAAUUAGUGCGGCCUGCGUGCUACUGGUAAUGUGUAUAUUCGGCCCAGUAGCACAUGUACAGUACGGACUACUGCUGUCCGUUACUGUUGCGAUAUAUAUACUAGGGAUUGACAAUAAAAUACGGAUCCAACAAAGAAAUAACCGUUCUAAAUAUACAGGGUGUCCCUAAGUCCCUUCACAAUUUCAAUUUUGUAAUGAAGUCAGUUCUCAAUAUAUAUAUCUUAACCAGAUUUGUCGUUUUUUAAUCAGUAAUUAUUUAAGUUUUUUUACUUCAUCUAAUACAUCCGUGAGGGCCGAACAAUAUAUGGUAUCAAUGAAUUCCUUUUGCAAUUUAAGACUUGGUGGACACCCGCUGUAUAAUGCAUGCAACCCAUAGUUUGUUCUAGCUAUAAAUGAUCAAUGCGUAAUGGUUGACCAUGGAAUAUUGGUUUAACGGAUAACCAUUUUUGUUUAGGCAUAAUAUAUGAUUAUAUUUAAUACAUUGAAUUGUGAAAGUACAUAGAGGAUUUAGUUUGUAGCCAUUGACCGUAAGAUAUUGGUUAAAUGGUAAAAUUGAAUAAACGUUCGCAUACUUUCGAUAUAAUACAUUUAUUUCAUUAUGCAUUUACGUAGCAACAUUUUUCUUUACUUUUGCAAUUUUUUUACCAUGAAAGUUUCCUAUGGAAUUCAUAUUUCCUUUUUUUAUAAAAUGUUUUGCAAUCGCUUUGAACGAUUCUCUUGAUUAGGGUUUCCCAAACUGAGGUUCGUGAUAACUGCACAGGACCUAUGAGUUUGCUUGUCACAAAUUGUUCCGGGAAUUGAUAAAUUGUGCAUUGAAAAUCAGCUUCACCCAUCACAUUAAUGUCAUUUAUGUUGUAAAUGAAACAUCAUUCUUCCUCGUUGGUUGGGCACAGAAGCCGAUACGGCAUAGGAUGGCGUCAGUCAAAACGAAAAUUCGCAGCCUAAAAAGUUUGGGAAACCCUGCUCCAAACGACAGGUGAUCCCCGACCUUUUUAGUACGCUGGCCCUUCAAAUAAAACCAGUUAAUACUAUCUGUACAAGUGAUCUUUGCUGGUUAGAGGCCCCUUAAUCUUACCCCAUAAAGUCACCUAAGCCUAAUGUUAAGUUCGGAGUCAUAUCGCUGAACAAGGGUUCGAUUCAGUUACUGCAAUUUAAUAUGACCAGCCGAACUUGAGUGAAAUGUUUAACACAUCAUGUUUCUACCUUGUUGCUUUCUAGAUAUUGCCAAUUGUUACAUCAUUAUCAGAGUUAAAGAAUGUGUAUAUUCGUUACAAUUCAAUUGUACUGAUAUCUGAAUUAUACGCACCGGUACGGGUAUUGGCCCCUUGUCGGCGCUCCCCUCUCCCGGCCCGCUAACAUUUUCCCGCUUCUAAUUUGAAAGUUAUUCUUUCUAUAGAAAAUAUAUUCUAGCUUUGAUUGCAAUAGUCGCAAGAAAAACAACCAUCCCUGCCUUUAGCAAAAAUGCAGACUAAUGUUGCAUCUUUUAUUUCAUCGGUAUUUUUAAAGCAAUUGUACAUAUGUUCUUACUUUUUCUUAUAUUUUAUCAUCGCUAUGUUAUUUGUAUUAGCAUUUUUAAACAUUUGCUCAAGAGCUUUGAAGUCUGGGAAAAAUUACGAUUCGACCUCUUGAAAAAAUGAUGCAGACUUCAAGUCGUAAAAAACUUUCACAGAAGCUCCCGACAUGUAUGGCCAACUUUAGACCAGGGGUCUGCAACCUACGGCCCGCGGGCCGGAUCCGGCUAGCUGAGCACUAUAAUUCGGCCCGCGACGCUUCACUAAAUUAUAGUAACAAAACAUCCGUUUUGACGA